UCCGCCGGGUCAUGCGGCGGCCGGAGGCCGGGUUUGCUCCGCGCCCUGGGCGCGAGUAGAAGCGGCGCGUGUGUGCUGACCGGUGGCUUGUGGAUUUCUCCCCGCGUGGCGCUUUACCUGCGCGCGGGGCUUUGUGUAGCCCAGCUGAGCGGAGCCGUGCGCCUCCCUGCCCCGCAGCCGGACUAAGGCGGCCACCCCCCUGGAACACUUUAACCUCGCGAGCCGCCUGCUCCCUCACACCUCCCCUUUUCUCCUCCUCCCCCCUCCGUUCAGGGGCUGGUGCUGGCUCCUUCCUGGAAUGGAUCUGCCGCAUGGGUCUGCCUUAGCUGCCGCUGCCCUGUCCCACUACCAGAGAUUGUGAUCAACCGGGAGACCCCAGGAUCAACAAGCUGAUGGCACUCAACUAGUUGGUGGCCACUGGUGUAUGGGUACUUGAAUUCAAAGGGGGCAACUGUCAAGAAAGUUAAAUUUUUCUGCACAAUGUCGAUAAACUCAUUAUUUGCGAAUAAAAAGAGAAAUAGCUCCAUAUUAUAUGGUGUGGACCAGGCACAGAGUAUGGCUUCAUCUUCUGUUUAUCGAGAAUCCACUAGUCGAGGAUGUAUUGGGAACCACGGAGAUGGCUUUCCACCAAACAAGCGUUACAAAGGUUUUGAGUCCAAGUCCAAACAAACAGAACAUUAUUUUGGAGACAAUGAUGACUUUACAGCUGAUGACUUGGAAGAAAUAGACAUAAUUGCCUCACAGGCUUUAUCACAAGAUCUAGAUUCAAAUAGCAUCCAGAAACCCGAGCAGAAUUCCAGACCGUUGUUAUCUCCGAGUAACGCUAAUCAAAAGUCUGUGAAUAUUGAACUAUGGAGUGUUCCCUCUAGUGCUGAAAAAAGAAGGAAAGACCAGUUCGGAAAUGGCACUGAAGAUAUUAGAGUUAAAGACACAUUUGGAUUUGAAGUACUGCAAGUACAACACGAAGAAGUUAAGCAAAAGCUGAAAGAAAUACAGGAUGAAAUCCUUGUAAAAAAUGGAGAAAUUAAAAUUUUGCGGGAUUCAAUGCUGCAGAUGGAGUGCACUAUGGAAGAACAGAGAAAAUCAUACAUUCUGCUGGAAAAGGAAAAAGAGCAGAUACUAAGUGAAAAAGAAAAGGAGUUCUCCAAAAAGUUACAGUCAUUGCAGUCAGAGUUGCAGUUUAAAGAUGCUGAAAUGAAUGAAUUGAGAGCAAAACUUGAGAACUGUGAAAGAACUAAGCCUGUUACUCCAUCAAUUACAAAUGCCAGCCCUAAGAAGCAUCUCUCGGGAACUGCAAAAUUGAAAGGAUGUUCUUCCAGUCUAAGAAGAGACAUGUGUGUUAAAGUGUGUUCUGCGGCAAACCUGCCUGCUGAGACCUCUUUCAACAAGGAGGGCCGUAAGGCCCCCUGUCUUGAAACUGAACUUGUGAAGCAAGAUGUGAUGAAGAGCAAUGUGUUUCACAGUGGUGUUCUAAGACAAAACACUCAAGGUUCUAUCUUACUAAAUGCACUGAUGAAACAGCCUGUUGUUCGUGGCUCAUUAUUAGGACUCUGUCAUCUUCUUAGUAGUAAUUCUGAAGUACUACCUGGGUCGGUCUUGCAGCCUAGCUUUUUCAACACAGGAUCUACAGGAAUAUCUAGCCUCAGGACAUCUUAUUCUCAGGAUGGAGCUUCUUCUCUUGCUGCUUUAAGAGAGGUUCAAAAACUUGCAAUAACAGGAUUGAAUUUGAUUGCUCUGGAUGAAGGCUCAUCUGAGGGAGACCUGGCAGAAAGUGAGCAAGGAUUAUUCCUUCUUAAACGCUUUAAGAUCCCAGGCGCAGUGCAUCUUCUGCCACUAGUGGAAUAUCAUAUCAGUGCAUACUGUCAAGCUCUACAGUUGUGGGCAAAGUCAAGAAAUAGUCCUUCUGAAGACCAAUCAGUUAGUUCCUCUAGAACUAAUUCAAGUAUAAUAUCCGCUACAGAGGAUUUUAGAUCUACUCUGGAAGAGACUACAAUUACAUCUCUAGGUGUUCUUUAUUACUUGGUAUAUUACAGCUGGGAUGUUGUUUAUACAUUACUAUCUUCAGAAAUGAAAAGAGUGUCUAAGAUGGAAAAGAAUACGAUGUGCAAUAAUCAGUCUGACGAUAAAAAAGAAAAUUCAAGACCACAAGACUUAACUGUAGAAACUCAAGAUGCUGCUAAUAAUGACCAAUCCCAGCCUUCUUUGUUCAAAAAGUUGAUUCAGCUAUUAGCUUUGUCUUCAUCAGCAACAGGUUCCCAGAAAGUCAGUAUCAUGAAUCAAAGCCUGAAGGUUUUGGUGAAACUAGCUGAGAAUUCAACAGCUGAGUUACUAAUAAGCUUUUGGCACUUGCUAAGUAGCCAUACUCUGCUUCACGUUGUGUGUCCUGAGAUACCUUUGUCUGCUGUCCAUCUGACCGUGCGACUCUUGGCCAUGCUUAUUCAUCACCAGAAACUAGCUGCUCAAUUUUGUUGUCACUCAGACACCUGGUAGCUUCUUGCACUGUACAUGUAUAUCACUUCAAGACCAGAUAAGUCUGCACCUGAAAUGCUUUGGUUUCAGCUGGAACAAGAGACUGUUAGAUUCCUGACUAAGUGUGUGCGCUGCUCCAGUCCAUCUUUGUUACUCCUUGGUACAGAUUGCCAGUGCAGCCUUGAGAUAGUCAAGGCACUUAUUAUAAUGUUGCAUAGGCAAUGGGUGAAGAUUAGAAGGUCUGAGAGCAACUUAAGUGCGUAUAAAGAUCGAAUUGUUCAGUUUUUACGGGACACUGUUUUGCUCUUGCAUAGUCUGUCUCAGAAAGAUAAAAUGUUUCAUGAGCAUUGCCUGGAAGUUCUCCAUCAAUAUGAUGAAGCCAUGUCUGGUGUCAGAGCCAUCCUCAAAAAAACUCCAAAUCUGAAGGCCUCUGAAGAGCUGGCUUUGGAUGAGUUGUAUCCUCCUGAGCCAGAAGUAGAUGAUCAAGAAAUGGACAGCAGCUAGUAAUUCAUCACCAAGCCACCCCAUCUGAAUUCUUUUUACUUGGCAACAGAGCUAUUAUGUGUGUCAGUUAACCUGAACAUAUCCUGUGUAUGCUAAACAUUUCAAUUAAUGAUGUGUGAUUAUUGUCACUUAAAUGUAGCAUGGUUCACAUAUAAAAGUUUGAGGGUUUUUACCUCAAUUGCUAGAUAAAUUCAGAUUUUGAUAUCAAAUAUUUUUGAUACUAUAUAAUUAAACUUAAAGGUUUUAUUUGAUAAUUUUACAAUGUAAAAAUACUUGAAAUAAGUGACAUGGAACUAACCUUGGCACCAACUUGCUGUGAAUGAAGUUAAAACUUCAAACUCAAACACUUUCCAGUUACUAUGAUUAAGUCUUUACUGUCUUGAAUGUGCUGAGUCCCAAGAUCUUAGUAACUUGAUAACAAUCAAGAUUUUUUUUAAAGCGUGUAUUGUCUCAAUUCUGUGUUUGUCUACAUUACUGCAUGUUGGGAUUGGCCCACUUUAAGAUUUCGCUCGUUCUAAUACUGAGCAUUCUGAUUUUUAAAAUGUAUGUAUUGCAUUUACAUAGUUGGCAACUUUUGUCUUCAAAAAAGUAUUAAAACCUACUGUGCCCCUGCAACUAUGACCAAAGACACUUGUGUUUCUGAAUUUCAUAACUGGCAAUGUGUAGGAACACUGGCAUGGCAUGGUGGGAAAAGGGACUCUCAAACCUUUUUUAAAAAAGCAGUGUACCAUCUUGUGCAGGAGUGUAAAGAUAAGGCAGUAGAUUGGGAAAUGUCUUUCUUUCCUACGUCACUGAAGAAUGACUUCUCCAGUGGAUUCAUGGUAUGUGCGCUUCUCUUGCAACAUCUGAUACUACCUGCAGCUGUGCAUGUGUGUGGGGGGGAGGGGGACGGGCUUUCAACCGUAACUGCAUGAAGUGGCUAUAAUCAAUACAAAUCUACUGUACCUUCACAGAGAGGAAAAAGGGUUGUGUGGUUUUUGUUUUUUGUUUUUUUAAAGAGCAUCAUGGGUGACAUACUUGCUUUACAGAUGAGAGUUCUGAUACGGCUUAUUUUCUAGCUGUAGCAAAAAUGUACAGAAUAUAUUUGUCUAAUUUAACCUGUAUAGAUUUAAGGUGGUUUGAGUCAUGUAAACUAGGUUAAAAAUUUUGCAGUUUUUAAAUAAGAUUCUGCAGAGACUUCUGGAACUUGAAAAAUGAAAUAAAUGCAUCUUUCCCCCUGAAGAACUGAUGAAACUGCUGGUCUUUUAAAAGUGCACAGAAGAGAAAAGGUCUCAAAGCUGUAUCAGUGCAAGUAUGUAUUUUAACAAAAGGUCGGACAGCUCUGAUGGUCUAAUGUAAUAACUUGGUAAUGCUGCAUCUCAAUUCCAAAAUCUAGGGAAUUAAACGUGGUACGGUGGUCAUAAUGCUGUUGAUUUAGGAGCAAAAGUGGGGAAAAGAGGAAAGAACUGAGGCAGUGAUGCUGUGGGGAUCAGAGCUGGGUUUAUGCGGGCGAGGCAGUGGACUUACCAUUGAAAUGUGCAGAAACUCCUGAAGCGAGGGGUGGGAAUGGGGUGUAGAAGCAGGUGUAUGGAG